AUGCUCUUGAGCGAGGGCGUGCACAAGCCUACUUCUCUUCUCACCCUUGCUAUCGAAAACUGGUCGACAGGGCCUAAACUGGCGAUGCUACUGGACCAAGGAGCGGAUAUCAACUUUCCGUCACCUGUUGAUGGCAUCACGCCGGCUCAGUACAUUGUUUUCAAUGUCUUGAAGGGCUCGCUAUGCGAGAAGCUUCGUACUCGACCCGAUGUCCUAGAUGCCAGUGAUGUGCUCGACCUUCCUCCCGCCGCAGCGUUCAUCUUAGAAGACUCUAUGGACAGCCUUAAAGAUCUUCUUCGAAGUCAGCCAAACGCUGUCUUAACGCGUGAUUCGAUGGGCCAUACCCCUCUGCACUGGGCUGUCAUCCUAGGAAACGCUGAGGCGAUCGAUUUGUUAGUCGAAGCCGGCGCGGAUCUACAUGCCGUGUCAAAGGAUGGCUUAAGCCCGUUGUGUAACGCCGUCAAGCUCAAGCAUAAUUCGCAUGCCAUCUGUCUCAAGAUAUUAGAAGCUGGUGCAGAGGCCAAUCAAGUCAUUCGGCAAAAGGAGACUGCUCUCACAGUAGCAGCAUGGUAUUCCGAUACCUUCACGAUAGGCAUCUUACUAGACGCUGGAGCUAACGUUAAUGGAGUUCAAGGCGGGAACCCUCCCCUAACACUAGUAUCUUCCACAACUACAUCUGAAGAAAUCGAGCAACUACUCUUUGCCGGUGCUGACAUCGACGCACGAGAUCUGCAUGGCGAAACUGCAGUCAUGAAAGCUAUAGAGUGUAACAAUCAUUGUGUGCUCCAGACACUCAUAUACCACGGCGCUCAACUCGUCCUGGGCACCGAUCUUUACGACUCGGUCAUUGAUCUCGCCGCCAGUUGGGGCGAUUUAGAGACAAUGCGAAUACUUAAAGAAGCAUGUAUAGAAGGCCUCCCAAUGGACGAAGUCUCACUGACCGAAUACUGGUGGUGGUUCAACGCGCGCUACGACGCCCUCUCCCCAUAUCGUAGUCGGGAUCCUCCAGACGUUGAGAAGUCUGCUUUCCAGGCCCUUCUCGAUAGCAUCACUCCUGCCGAGCCUGUUGUUGAGCAACAUGAAGAUACUCUCCUUCUUAUUCCAGGAGCCUUUCCGAUAGAUGAUCUCGAGGAAUCUGAUUGCGACAGUAGGAAUGCGAAUGGGCAAGGAGAGGAGGGUAACGACGGCUUGGAAGUCAAGACAUAUAGAGAGUGCAACGACGAGACUGCUGUCACUACUGAUGGACAAGAUGCAGGCGAUCAAGGGAUUAUUGAAGAUGCAAGCGACGACGAAGAUGAUAGUACAAUCGGACAGGUGGUGAUCACUUAA